AUGGGAGAACAACCAAGAACUCGUCAGCUGUUUCUACUUGCUCUGGUGUUCGCGCAAUGGCACCAUGUUUCGAUGGCCAUGACGUUCACUAUCUCCAACUACUGCUCCCACCCGAUAUGGCCGGGGACGCUCGCCGGCGCCGGCACGUCGCAGCUUUCCACGACGGGGUUCAAGCUUGAGCCUGGGCAGACGGUCCAGCUCCCGGCGCCGGUGGGGUGGUCGGGGCGGAUAUGGGCGCGGACGGGGUGCGUGUUCGACGCGGACGGCGCGGGCGUGUGCCAGACGGGCGACUGCGGCGGGCGGAUGGAGUGCCGCGGCUCCGGCGCCACGCCGCCGGCCACGCUGUUCGAGGUCACCCUGGGGCAGGGCAGCAGUCAGGACUUCUACGACGUGAGCCUCGUCGACGGCUACAACCUGCCGGUCGUCGCGAUCCCGCGGGCGCGCCAGGGCGCGUGCAACGCCACCGGAUGCAUGGCCGACCUCAACCGAUCGUGCCCGAGGGAGCUGCAGGUGGACUGCGGCGGCGGCGCCAUCGCGUGCCGGAGCGCGUGCGAGGCGUUCGGGCAGGACAGGUACUGCUGCAGCGGCGCGUACGGGACGCCGGACGCGUGCCACCCGACGGUGUACUCGUCCAUCUUCAAGUCGGCGUGCCCGCGCGCGUACAGCUACGCCUACGACGACAGCACCAGCACCUUCACCUGCAAGGCGCUGGACUACACCAUCGCCUUCUGCCUCCCGACGUCCGGGAUAAAGAGGUCGGAUGCGGUGUUUCUCGGAGCACAGAUGGACGACGGCCAGAGCACCGGCGAUGGCAAUGCGCCGCCGAUCUACAACAACGGCGGUUUCAAACCGCCGAUCUACAACUACGGCGGCGGAGAUGCAGAAGGUGAGUUUUCAGUUUUCACUGUUUUCCGUACUCUGCAUUCUGCUUCUGCACGCAGCACGCCUGACGGCCUGAGCCAAGCUCUGUACUCUGUGCGGGCCUCCCAAGCCCUCCAAAGUGGGGCGGGUCUGCGCCGCCAACCCCACAAGCCCACCAGAGUGACCUGGCUUGGGGCCCGGCGCCCAUGCGCUGAGGUCAGUAAUCGAGCGAAGAGAUACCCUAAUUCAGGGGUUGAUUAG